AUGAGCUCCAUGCAGUCAAACUCCUCUGCAAAUGCGUCCUUUGUUCGUCCUGCAACAUUUUUCAUCAAAGGCUUUGUUAAUAUUCCACUUGCAAAAUACUACUAUGUGUUCUUGUCUUUAGUGUAUGUUGUGACUGUUUUAGGGAAUUCAUUAAUCAUGUGUAUCAUUUAUUUGGCUCGCAGACUUCACACAGCCAAAUACAUUGCUGUUUUUCAUCUGGCCUUUUCUGAUCUGUGUGGAAGCUCGGCUUUGAUUCCAAAACUCAUAGAUGUGUUUUUAUUUGAGCACCAGGAAAUUUUAUAUGAAGCAUGUUUGGCAAAUAUAUUUUUUGUGUUUCAUUUCAUGAAUCUGCAGUCUUUGACACUACUUGUUUUGGCUUAUGACAGAUUUGUUGCUAUUUGUUUUCCUCUACGCUAUCAUGCCAUUGUAACCAAACCAGCCAUGUUUCUGAUCAUAGGGGUGAUAUGGAUUUUUUCUGUGACCUUUUUUUCUGUACUUGUAAAUUUGGUCAAUAGACUCUCUUUUUGUAGAUCUAAUGUAAUUGAUACUUAUUACUGUGAUUUUGCCCCUAUAUAUAGACUAGCCUGUAAUGAUAUUUUUGUGCAUAUUAUGAUGGGAAAACUUAGCUUUGGUCUUCUGAUUUGCAUACCUCCAAUACUGAUCUUUAUUUCAUAUUUCUGCAUUGCUCUUACUCUGCUUAAGAUCGCUCAUGGUGCUGACCGGAUCAAGGCAAUGAAAACCUGCACCUCACAUCUCAUAUUGGUGGCAAUUUUUUAUCUCCCAAUUUUAAGCAAUCAUAUUGCAGCCUUAACAACAUUUUUCCAUCCAAACACCCGGAUAAUUAACAAUUCCCUGACACAGACAAUACCACCUAUGCUGAAUCCCAUCAUAUACACUUUAAAGUCAGAGGAGGUCAUGCAGUCCAUAAAAGAACUGUACAAACGCAGUAGGGUGCAUGCAACUAUGACAAGAAAUGUGAAAUGCAGUGGGAGAAAUAAAAAAUUAUUUAAAAGGAGUCUGCACUUUUCAAUAUAA